GUGAAAAUGCUGACAGUGGAGAAGAAAGUGAACGAGAUCCUGAACAGGUUAGAGAAGACAAAAGUGGAACGUUUCCCAGAUCUGGCUGCUGAGAAAGAAGCUCGGGAUAGAGAGGAGAGAAAUGAGAAAAAAGCCCAAAUCCAAGAGAUGAAGCGAAAGGAAAAGGAAGAGAUGAAGAAAAAGAAAGAGCUGGAAGAACUUAGGAGCUACUCAUCGUUGAUGAAGGCUGAGAACAUGUCCUCCAAUCAG